CCAGCUUUCCGUUUUCAUCUCCAUCAGUCCAUUUUCGGUACAACACCUUUCUCCGCCAUCCUCUUUCGAGAAGAUCUCCCGUUGCAACGUCAAGUUAAUUUUUUUUUUCCCUUAUCUUCCUGGUUUGGUUUCUGUGAUUCUGGAAAUCGCACCCUUCCCUUUACCUCGACCUCCGCUGUGUGGUUGUCAUGGAUAACAAGGUCGACGAUGACAAGAUUGGGCCUGGAGUGGAACUCUGCGAUCCCGUCCGCCUGAAGCUGCUAAAAGAGCUGCAGGACAUUGUGGGCCGAGUUCCUCAGAAGGCUCAGGCUUCUUUCCUCCUCUGCGAUCUUCAGUACCUGCAAGACUUGCGCAAAUCGUCUAUCAAUCCUGUUGUGUUGGAAGCUGUGCAGCGAUCGCUUUCCGACUCGAAAGUAGAUGAAAUCGUGGCACAAUGGUGUCAAUUAUCCCGUCCACAUUCCACCGCCUCUCCUGCCCGAUCCCUCUCGCUAUCACACGGUCAUCCGAAACCAUCGCCACUUAAACAUCUAGCUGUCGCAAACACCAAAGCACAGGCUCCAGAAGAGCAAGAGGAGACUGAGAUUCCGUCUCAACCUUCUAAGCGAAAACGGAACGGCUCUCGGAGUCGAACCUCCUGUUCAAGCGGGAAGAGCAGAUCUCAAUAUGUCAGUGACGAGUGUAAGAACCGAGACGCUCACAGAUGCGUCGUCACCAAACUCGCAGGACCGAUAGACGCUGCACAUAUCGUUCCUUUCUCUCUGAAUAGAGAGGACCGGCGAGCGAGCUUUUUCAGCUUGCUCAAAACUUUAUGGUCCCAACGCAUCGAAAAAUGGAAAAGUCUCCUUGAGAACGGCACUGAGUUUGUUGAAAAUAUGAUCUCUUUUACUCCCACCAUCCAUCGGUACCACUCAGCGGGGCUGUUUGGUCUUCAGCCCAUCGAAGCCUCUUUGGACGGUAAAUCACUGAAACUCAAGUUUUACUGGCUUCCGCAACGUGAAACCCCCAGCGAUACUAUGACCGAUAUCACAGAUAUCCCAACCCUUCCCGAUGAUGUCGAGUUGGAAGAUAUCAAAAUCUGCAAUGGCAAGGAUGGGCACCUCAUCAAGUCAGGUGAAGUCAUAGAGCUGACAACAUUGGACCCUGAAAAACGACCGCUGCCAAAUUGGGAUCUACUGGAAAUGCAAUGGGUACUGCAACGUCUGACGGCCCUGAGGGGAGCCGCAGACUUACCUGACACAGUCCUCGAUGAGUCUGACGAUCUCGCGAGCUUCGGGUACUCUGAGAUGGAGGCAGACAAGAUUUUCGAUGAAGGGCUGGGUGGGUGGUGCAAGCAGGGCGUUGAUGAGGAGGCCAUUGAGGAGGACUGCUGGUCUGGCAGGGUCAACAACUGGAUUGACACGCAGCAGAUCCAGCCACAGAUUAUUUGAUGUUGAUUUGUCACAUGGUCUUCCAGGCGAUUGCGUGGCUGUUGGGUGGGUAGGUGCGUGCGUGCACGCGUCACUUUUUGACACCAAGAACUACCAGAAACAGCUGCACUGACACAAAUCAAAAUUUUAUGGGAGAAUUAAAUAAUAAAUAUGUUAAACAAACAUCAAGUAAAAGAAAAAGAAGAAAAAUCAAUAAACAAAAGAAGUAUUCAAGUCAACAACAAUUAUUUAGAAUUUGUUCAAUGAUUUCAACUAUAUUAUCUUCUCUAAAAA